AUGUCUGAAGCAUCAGGGAAGCACGAUUCUAUCAAGGCCAAGGUUGAAAGAACUCCACUUGGUGUGAAAUGCAUAGGCCUCAAGAGUGGUUCAUCAGAUUCAAAGAAGAAGUUUGAGAAGAAGACGACCAAGAUUCCAUCAAGAAAGGUGUAUCAAUCUCAGGCUCGUGAUAAGACUACCUCAAAUGCUCCUAUUAUUGAGGAUGUCACAGAUCAAGAAGAACUUUCUGCUGAAAACUCUCCCAUUGGUUCCAAUCAAGAUGUUGUGCCCGAUGUUAGGGCUUCUGUACCUGCAGAUGUUUCAAAUCAAGAAAUUUAUGGGAAGGAAUCCACUGCUCGUGAAGAUUCAGGUGUACCCACUCAUUCUGAUGGUUCUUCUUCUCCUUCGAAAGAGGAUGAACCAGUGCAUGUGACCAUUGAUGAUUCUCAGUCCAAGGAAUCAAGCCAGGCUCCUGCCUCUGUUCAGAACAUCUCUGAUGAUGACUCUGAUGAUGUUCCUUUAACUGCUUCUCUGCCUGAUAGUGUUGCUGCCAGAAUCAAGAGAAAAAGAAGGGUUCCUGAUGUUGAAGAAUCUCCUUCUCCAAAGAAAAAGACUAAGUCCACUCCAACAACUUCCAAGUCUAAGCAAAAAUAUGUGAAGAGAAAAGGUAAGCAACAGGAAGUAAAAUCCAAGAGUGUCAAGAAGAAGAAGGUUCCAGUUGCUGCUGAGGAAUCUGGGUCAGAUGUUGAGGGGGAUGUCGAGGAAAUCUUGCCUUCUCAGAAGAAGAAAUAUGCAGGAAAACGCAUUCCUCAGAAUGUCCCUGCUGUUCCUAUUGAUAAUGUGUCCUUUCAUGCUGAAUGUAAUGUUCAGAAGUGGAAGUAUGUGUGUCAACGCAUAGUUGCCAAGGUAAGGGAAGUUGGCUCUGAUGUACUUGAGUGCAAGGAAGUGGUUGCACUAAUUGAAAAUGCUGGACUAAAGAAGACCAUUCUCAAGGUGGGAAGGUGUUAUGAAAAACUGGUGAGAGAAUUUCUGGUGAAUCUGUCUGUGGAAGUGGGACUUCCUGAAAGUAUUGAGUUUAGAAAGGUGUUUGUCAGGGCAAAAUUUGUUGAGUUCUCCCCUGCUGUGAUCAACAAAGCACUUGGUAGAAGUGCUGAUGAGUUUGUUUAUGAGGAGGUGUCUUUGGAUGUGAUUGCCAAGGAGAUUACUGCUGGCCAAGUCAAGAAGUGGCCCAUCAAGAAGUUGCUGACUACAGGAACACUGAGUGUGAAGUAUGCCAUCCUAAACAGGAUUGGGGCUGUGAAUUGGGUUCCUAACCCAACAUACUUCUGGAGUUUCUACUGCUCUUGCCCGAUUGAUCUACAAGAUUGGCACUUCUACUGA